AUGCAGGCCAUGCGUAUGCAUCUGCAGGCCAAGAAGCAGGAGCUGAGCAAAGCAAUGGCGGAACAGUUGCAAGCUGCAGGUGAUGGCGUCCGGGACCGUGCUCGACGCAAGGUUGAUGCCGUUAGAAGGAAGUGCCAAGUUGAGCUGAAGACCCUCCGUGCGAAGGCUAUCGAAGAAAGUGAAGCCAGAGAGAAGGAGGACACAAAGCUGAGAGACAAACUGUUGAAGGCCGAAGAAGCUUUGCGCCAUGCUGCAGCACAGGAGCGAGAAGAGUUAAAGACAAUGAGGGAAGCAGGUGAAGCAGAGUUGGCGCGAAUCGCCGCCCAAUUUGAGGAGGACACCGCGCGACAACUGCAGAAGCUAGAGGCAUCCCAUUGCCAGCAAGAGGAGAUGCUCGUGAUGCGCGAAGAGCACAGCUCCCAGGCACAAGGUAAUGCCACAGCUCAAGCUUGGAAGCAGCGUUUGGCAGAUGCAGAGCUGGCAGCAGCUGAAGCACGGGCGCAACUGUGCGAAGCUUCACAAGUACAAGAGAAGCUUUGGCUACAGAGCUCGCAGAGGGUGGAAGAGCUGCUCGAUGAGUCUUCAAAAUUGGAGGAGGAGACUCCGAUCUUGUCCAAAGAAGUAACAGGUGGCAGCAAGAGAACGGAGGAUGUUUUUCAUCACGAGGUGAGAAUCAUUACCGGUAAGCAGCCGCUGGACUGGACUUGCGCAGACAGCCCAACUGGACAAAAGGGGCUAAGUCCAUCUCCUGCAACUUCAUUGGUGUCGGAUGGAGGUCAGAGUCACACCGCCAACGUCACAACGACGCUGCCAUUGGUCUACGCCGCGGCGCUUGAAGGGAUCGAAACACAUGGGUGGGGCGCCGUCUACCCUCCGGACGAUCCUCCAGCUUGGACCAUUCUGCAUUGGGCAGCUAUGGAAGGUCGUUUGGACGUUUGUCGCCGACUGGUAGCUGCUGGUGCCAACCCUUUGUGUGAGGACGAGCGCGGCUGGACUCCCAUAUUCUGCGCUGAGCAAGCUGGUGAGAAUGAGGUGUUGGAGCUUCUAUGCGCAUGCACGGAAAAGGCUGACCAGCUUCUGAAGGAGAAGCAAGGAUUGCCCCCAAUUCCACCAGUGAUUGCGGCGAGUGUGGAAGCGGUAGAGAACUACGGAUGGCAGGCGAUGCACGGCGGGCAAAAUGACUGGACUGCUCUCCAUUGGGCAGCUGCUGAGGGUCGACAAGUCCUGUGCGCUCGAUUGCUGCGAGACAAUGCAGAUCCAGCGCAAGCAGAUGACACUGGCAAGAGCGCCUUAGACUAUGCCCGGGAAUCUGGCCACCAAAGUACUUGGUUGCUUUUGUGGCAGGUACACCAGGAGCAAAUGUCCAAGGGCAAGUCCUCCACGAAGGAACUUGCACCGACUUCUUGGCCGAAAUUGCCCACCCAAUCCUAUGCUUCCUACCCGCAAUCGUUGCUACUGCCAUCGAAGCCUUGA